AUGUACAUAAAAUCAGUGAAAGCUACCCGCCUAAAAAUGAUGGAGUCUGAUAGAAUUAGUUGCUUGCCGGAUCAACUUAUAGACAAGAUUAUCUCAUAUUUGCCAAUUAAGGAGACAGGGGGAACUAGUGUUUUAUCCCGCAAAUGGGGGAAGAAAUGGUCCACACAACCAGAUCUUGUGUUCGAUAAACGAAGUGUAUCUACUUUGGCUCUGGAAGACCUUUCAAUUAUACGGCGCAAGUUUUUGAGGAUGAUUGAUCAUGUACUUUUACUUCACUCUGGCCCAAUCAAUAAGUUCAAGCUCUCCAACUCUGGUUCUAAUAUCAUGGGUGUGAACUCUCUGGCUGAUAUUCAUCGCUGGAUUCUUCAUCUAACCAGAAGUUUAUGUCGUUUAAAAUUAUAUUAUUGUUGUCUUAAACCUCUAAUGACUUUUGAAAGCAAUCAAGGCAUAUUGCAUGGAUGCUCUAACAAUUUGCUCAAGCUUUUCGAUCAUCAACCUCACAUUGAGAGGCUAGUGAUUGGUGAUUAUUUUUUAAAGUACUUGGCUGCAGGUGUUGUGCCAGUAAAGCUGCCUACUCCUUGUAUGAAUCUAACAUAUCUUGGCUUAUUAAUAAACUUCAUUGAUUCGAAGUAA